GCUCUCACACACUCUCAUGUCAGUGAGCGCCGAGAGCUGGCGAGAAAACGCAAGAUAGCAACCAACACCUGCACACACACCACAGUUGCAACCGUUUGCCUGGCCUGGCCUGGCCUGGCCACCCGCCCCUUCCCACUCACCUGUUCGAGCGGAUCUGAGAGGUUUGUGUGAGCAUUGGACGGCAGGAAGUCCCUGUCCAGCUGCAGACUCUUCAACACCCAUUCAAGCGAUGGCGUCUGCACCACACCACACCAUACACACACGUAUCACCAAGCAUCUCAUCUCGUGUGUGUGCAUGGCUGUGUGCCCUGCCCACCCAUCCCUCCAGUCGGUGCAGCUGCGGCUCGAGCACAAACUCAUGCCGCUCGAACUCCCGGCUGUGCAGACACAGCUUGAGGGUCAGCAGCCGAGAGAGCCUGCCCACAUCCACUGCUGAUGAUGAGGGUGAGAGGGCACUGGUGGUGCUGCUGCUGAGCUGCAGGCCGGGCGACCCCACUACAGGCAGCACCGAACCACCACCCUACACACAUACAAACACACAGAGAGGGAGUCCGGCCAGCCAGACCAGACACCGAUGAAUAAACAAAAGAGUGCGUCCGUGGCUGUGCUGCAUACUGACCUGUGUGGCAGUGUCCUGUUGUCGUCUCUGCAUGCCUCUCUCAGGGUUGGCCCCCGCCACGGCCAGCGUAAAGGCGUCGAUGACCGUCCGCACGAACGUGUAGUGCGCCACGUUGGGCGAGACCUCGAUCGGAUGGCGAAAGUCGCUCCUGAAGCUGUAGUGCACCGUGGCCGACACACCCAACUCAUCCGCACGCACACAUGACCAUGACGACGGCGACAUCGCCGGCGACUGAGACACCGCCCCCGGCUGGCGUGACGAGGCGGAGGCGGCCGGGGGCGAGGCGGUCUCCUUCGUGUUGACGAUGUCGAAGAGCUCCAGCGUCCUUAGAUGGGUCAUCAUGUGGGGGAUCACUAUGAUCUGCACGUUCGGCGGCGGCAGAGCCCCACCUCUCGCCGGUGCAGGGUCUUUGUGCAGAUGGAUCGGCUCGAAGGCCAGAGCCAGCGACCUCGUCUGCGGCGGCAGCCUCUCCGGGAGGGCGCUGGCUGUGUCACCAGCAGCAGCAGCAGCAGCACCGGUCAGGUGGACGUACUGCGGUGUGGUGUCGGUCAGCGGCGAGGCAUUGAAGCCGAUCUCCCCCUCAGGCAGGCAGAUGUGCAGCGCCGACCUGUCGGUGAGCGUCUCGCUGAAGAGGUACAGGUGGACGUGCUCCAUCCUGACGGUGAUGCUGCCGUGCGCCCGGCCCUCCAGCAGAUCGACCACUGCGCUUGGGGAGGGGACGGGGAGCAGCGGAGCGGCAGCUGCUGCAGCUGCUCCGGGGGACACUGUGGGCGACGCAAAGGGGGCUGGUGGCGGCUGCAGGUGCCUCUGAGCAAGGCUGCCGAACUCUGCUGCGGCCUGUGCGCCGGCCGAUAAAGGAGGGGACAGCCGUCUCUGCGCCGACUCCCACUGGGCCCUGCAGGAGUCGGCCAGCACCGACGCCACGGCCGUGAGACUCCUCACCGCGGCAGGGCACACCUUGACGGUCAGCUCCCUGGCCACCAGCUGCGACUGGCCCGCACGGAUGACGGCUUCCUCGCACGGCUGCUCAUUAUCUCCGUCAGCACAAGCAUCAGCAGCAGUAGGGCUCGAUGGUGUGCACUGAACGAAGAGGCGUCCGUAGCCUGUGGUGGAGAACUGGGAGUCGCCGUCGGCUGUGACCUCGGUGUCGGCGCACUCGAGGCCGAGCUGCUGGCCCCAGAACUCGAUGAGAGGCUUCCGGUCGUACGUCAGCUCCAGCUCCACAGGAGUCACCUCGGCCCGCCAUGAGUGAGCUGCCCUAUAUUCGGUCUCCCCCUCCCUGCAGCCGCCGCGGUCGUCGUCAGAGCUGCCCGAUGCCUCACCUCCAUCCUCUCCCUCCUCCUCUCCCUGUGGUGCUGCCGUGGUGGAUUUCGUGACCUUAUCUCGUGCCACAUGCCGCACGCUGCCCUCGAUCAGCAGCACACCAACGCCCCCGCCGCCACGCAGGAGGGGCUCUGAGUGCCAGCGAAGGUUGCUCGCACGGACGGCGAUGGUCAGGGCGUCCAUCCGCAGACCCGACUCCAUCCGACCUGGCUCUGCACGGCACGGGGGAGGAAAGGAGAGAAGAGAGACAUUUCGUGUGUGCAUGAUGGGAUGGCGGAGAGGGGGCUUGGCGUCGUGUUGGCUUACCGACGAUGGAUAGCUCAAGCGGUUGGACGGUGAAUGUCAUUUCUGACCCGACGGACGCGGGGUGCCUCAUGUCGCCCACCACCCUCAUGUAGUGGACGGUGGAGUGCACCAUCAGCGAAGACGACGCCCCGGCAACCACACCCUCAGCCCCCGCUUCUAUCUCAUCCAGGGUGUGUGUGGUGGCCGGGGAGUGCGGGGGCGAGAGGGAGGUCUCCUGGUGGAUCUCAAACUCUGCCGUCAGCUUGUGCAGGGCCAUGAUAAGGGCAGCGAGCCGGUCCAUGUAGCGGUUGUUGUACUGCACCCGCAGCUCUCGCUGGAAGUGGUGCACCGUCACCAGCGGCAGGUCGGCGUCGUUACGCAGCCCCACGGCAGCCGAGUGCUGGAUGUUCAGCCCCUUGACGUCGAGCGAGAAGACACGCGACGGGGCCGCGCUGCUGAAGGUGAUGUAGGCCUCGCACGCUGGCAGGUGCACAAAGUUGAUGUGCAGAGGCACCUCUAACCCCUCCCCUCUCCUACCCCCACCCUCCGCCUGCUGCCGGUGACAGGUGUCUCGGUCGGGUUGGUCGUCGUCGUCGUCGUCUUGCGGCGACGAGAGCUGGUGCAUGCCCCAUGACUGUGUGAGGUUGAAGCCCUCCUCCAAAUGGGUGACGACCAGGAUGUCGCUGGGUGUGAUGGGGACCGUCACCGACACCGUGAUGGUGUUGGCUGACAGCUGCAGGAACACCGGCCGCCUCCCGAGGCUCUCGCCCACCGACACCGACCUCCGAAGGUCAUCCAUACCCAUCACCGUCGCCAUCUGCUGAUCCCCCCUUUCACCGACACCCCCGCCCCCAGCAGCCAUGGGAGACCCACCCCCUCCCCCCUCCACCCCCGCCCUCCUCUUGAUAGUCCUCGCCACAUUGACCAGCGACUGCACCCAGGCCGCACUCAGGCUGAGAAAGAACGGCGGCAGGUGGACGUACAGCAGAGUGGGCGUGUCGUCGCCCCCUCCUGUGCACAGCAGGCGGCAGUCCACGUCGGGGAGGGGGAUCGGCUCCAGCGCUAAUGGAGCGGUGGGCGUGGAGGGCGCGGUGGGGCUCUUGAGGGGGCGCACCAGGGCUGCGGGGUGCUGUGCCGGGGCUGGGGCGGCCCCGUGUGUGUGCGCGGUGACCUUGCUGACCUUGGCUGACACGUCGAAAUGAAACGUGGUGGGGGAGGCCUCCCCCGCGCCAUAGGAAGCGAAUAUGUCGGUCCGUGUGCGCGACGAGGGCCACGACGUCUGAGAAGGUGUCGCUGAGAAGGAUGGGGGCGAGGGCACCAGUUCCGCUGCCAUUGACUGCGCCCGCCUGACCCGCCUCAGCGCCCGAAGCCGGCGCUGCCCCCUCUCCCUCCCCACAUGGCCUCUGCUGCCGGGCAUCCAUGCCGCGCAGAAGGUGCGUGUGGCCCUUAUGGCCUUGCUGUCCACAUACACGUCGGUGGACUCCAUGCCGAAGUGGCCACUGACCGAUACCACCACAGAGCGCGGCGCCAGGCCGCCAGAAGACGAGAUGGGCGUGGCGGGGGUGGUGUCGUCCUGAUCCGACGAGGUGUGCUCGGCGAGGCUGAGACCGGCGUUGAAGGCCAUGUCGCAGACGCUCACGCCGAGAGAGCCCUCAUGGGCCUGUGGGCUGCGCCAGAACUCGUUACGAUGGAAAAGGCCAAGACUGGCGAGUGGAUCGACGACGAGUGCGCACGAGACGCAUCCCUUGAGGUCAUGCACCAUCGACCGGGCCCCCACCUCCACUCUGUCGCCCUCGGGUCUGUUGAGCGUCACGGUGGUCUCCAUGCGGGUCGUGAAGAAAGACGCCAGACCCUGCAGCGUGGGUGAGUAGGCCUCCAGAUGCUGCACGCUCACUUCGAAGGCAAAGCUCCGACGACCCACACCUUCGCCUCUCGUCGCUUCCCGCUCCUCCGCCCUCUCUCUGUCCCUGCUGGCCUGGGCCGUGCCGCGGUGCUGGUGGAAGAGCGCUUCGAGGCUCUGUUGAAGGCCUUCGUCGAUCUUUUUGAGGGUCUCCAGGUGCGUGCUGCGGGACCUCUUGCCGACGGGGAGCGGGGGAAGGGCAACCGCCUCGGCGGCAAUGUCCUCCUCGUGUGUGUCUGCACGCCUCGUCUCUGCGUCGAUCAGGAAGGGCCGGGCCACCUCGUAGUACUCGAUGGCGACGUUCAUGAGAGUGUCGUGACACCCGGGAUGCGCCACAACCCUCGGCUGCUUCACCUCCAGCCGGGCAUUUCGUCGCGACGCCUCGAUCUGUGUGGUGACUUCAGCGGUGAUCUCCAGCGCAGAGGCCUCCUUGUCGGCCAUCUGCUGCCCAUGGCGGCCCUCCACAGUGGCCGUCUUGGGCGAUCCGCCGCCUGUGCACUUGUGGUCCUGGUUGCCGUCUGCAGGCUCAUCCGACAUGUCUGGCAGCUGUGGCACCGACACCGACCGCUUGAUGGCAUGCAGGGGGUGGACGGGGGAACGCACCUCCUGCAUCUCGAUCCGCCGCGUCACCGCCAGCAGCACGUGCUUGGUGCUGAUGAGCAGGUCGGCCACGUGCUGGGGCUGGCAGGAGGCGAGCAUCAGGCCCUCAACAGUUCCCUCAUCGGCGUCGCCCCCUGCCGGUUCGUCGUCGUUGUCCUCUGUGGGUGCACUGGCGCUGCGGGGGGCGGCCGAGCCCUCCUUGUCGGACGCCAUGCUGCUGUCGUGAUGCUGAUGCGAUGAUGAUGGGGCCUCCUUGCGAACCGAGAAUCGGGUGGCCGACGUCUGGAAGCGCAUUGAGCCUGUGGUCGCCGACACACGGAGCGCCACGCCUUGGAAGGUCAAGUCGAUGGCGACCCGCAGCCGCUGCACCACAGUCGAUAAUGAGGCGUCCGCUGCUUUAGGUGGCGGAGGUGGCACAUGUUGGAUCGACUCGGAUGACGCCGAGAUGACGGCCGGGACGACCGACACCGACAACUGGUUUGCGAUGACGAGCAGGUGGCGCAUCUCCUCCAGCCCGAUGGACACGUUGAUCUGCGCCACAGUGAGGGUGGCCUUCAGCACCAUGUCGCCCGACGACCGAGGGGCAGAGGGGGAGGGAGAGGGGGAGGGCGAGAUGCUGGAAGCACUGCUGCCACGAUGAGAGGGACCUGACUGCUCUGACUGCGCCUCGACGCGCUGAAAGGGGGAGAGGUCCGCAGACGACCCAAGGCUCUGUUGCGAACGGAUUGACGCCGAUUCCCGCCAGGCCUUGAAGGCAAACGACCCGGCGGCGUCGACAGCCGGCAGUGAGUGGCCUCUGCGGGUGAUGGCCCCUUGGGAUCGCUCCAUGAAGGUGAGGGAGUGGGUAGAGAUCCCGGCGUUGACCACCACCACCACCUGCGCCCGUCCGCCCUUGAGGCUGUCCGUCGACGCCCCCAGAAGAGAGCUGACGGGUGCGGCGGAGGAGAGGCCGGUGACCUCCAAGCCGAGCGACACAGCAGCGAUGCCAUAAGAUAGGCCGAUGGCUGGCGAGGGGUAGUACACGAUCCGGCUGUCGGUCGCACGCAUCACGUGUUGCAAGGCAAGCGGGUUGCCGAAGGUGCCCUCCUGCAGGACGGGAAACGCUCCGUCGGCCUCGGCCUCAUCGUGGCCGGCUUCCUGGUCUCCCUCGUCUGCCUCGAUUGCCUUGGCCGCACCGCCCCAGGCGUCCACGAAUGCCCGGAUGCCCUUGGCGAAGGCCGGGGUAAUCAGGUACAGCGGAAGCUGGGCAAGGAGACCGUCGACUGACAGCCCAGUGCACGCCCCAUACUUGCUGCCGUUCUUGGUGGCCGAUGUGCAUGCAGCCGACUUGCUGCCGUUCUUGGUGGCCGAUGUGCAUGCAGCCGAUGGGACGAGGCAGUGGCCGUCGAGUCUCUCGAUGGACACACAGAAGGAUCCGAAGCCUGCCAGGGCGUUCUGGAUGGACAGGUGGUGACCUGCCUUGUCGCAACUUGUGGCCGUGGAGCUGAUGAGGGUGUAGCGGACGGCCUCGGAUGCGUCGCCCGUUGCCGAGUUGUUGGCCGUCGUGAUGCGCAGCAUGACCGUCUCGUCAUCACCGUUCCCCGCUUUCCCCUCAUCGGCCAGCGACGAGCACAUGGCGAAACCGUACUGGCGGACGACAGCGGUAAGCGUCCAGGGACGCGACAGCCGCUCCUUCACGACCUCACUCGCACCCUUGUCCUUUGCUGCCGCCGGUGCCAUCGCCUUCUCACCAGCCUUGGGCGAUGCAGCGUCGGUCAUGAGCAUCAGUUUGGGGUCGAUGGACACCAGCGAGUCCCUUCGGGGUGAGGACAGAGUCAGGCUGGUCAGCGAUGCGUGUCGUGGCCGCUGCUUGGGCCGGGGCACCUCUGUCUUGCUCAGCAUCAGCCGGUGUGGGUAGGAGGGGCUGUGCCGACGAUCCCCACGGAGGGCGGAGGUGGUCGUGCGGGUGAUGGGGGAGAUGUCGGCGUGCGCCGCAGCUGGCUCGAGUGCUGGUGUCAGGGAAGCGGUGGCAGCCUGCACGUGUACGUAACACACAGAGGGUAAAGAGUCACAGUCCGACAGGCCGUGUGUUGUUGUCACAUUGUGCACCUGGAUGGACUCCACGAUGCUCGAUAGUGUGCCUGCCAGCUGCAGCACUCCCGGCUCCACCACACAGUGGACCGAGGACACAGACAGGCUGGCGCAGACGCUGGACACAUCGGCACCCUCGCUGUUCCCUUCGCCCUCUCCACCAGCAGCAGGCGCAGGUGCAGGUGCCACUGCGGCCGCCGGCAGCUGCAGGAUGAGGGAUGUGGUGGUCAGCGCCAGACGGGACACCAGCACGGUCGCAGGGGCGGCGACGGGAGGGGCAAUGGCCAGACUGGGGUUGGGCGGCGUCUGAGGCGAUAGCGUGGCUAUUGAUGACCGUCUCCUCUCGGCCCCUUUCGCUUUCUGUCCGCCGGCUUCCUCAACGCUGCCCGCCCUCACGGCGACGAUCGGAGCGCCGUCGUCGAGUGUGCGGGCCGGGAGGGCUGGCGACACGGGGACAGACAUGGACGCAGCGGGCGCAGCGGUGUGCCUCGUCUCUGUGGUCGGCGUGGGCAUCUUGCGCUCAUAGCGCACCUCGGCUGUGGAUGUGAGGGCAAUGCGCAGGUCCCAGGGAGCGUUCAGGGCGGCGGGGGGUGGUUGGGAUGGGUUGCCGAGUGUGGUCGGCUGAGUGCUGCUAGGUUGCUUCAUGAAGUCCAGAAGGGGCGUCAUCCUAAGGAAGAAGGAUAAGACAGGCAAUGCAUCCAUCCAUCCAUCCGUAGGCGACACCAUUGCUGGUGGCGGUGGUGGUGGUGGCGCUUACCAUGCGUCGUAGGUGCUCCUGAUGAGUUGGUGUCUCGUCACAAUCCGAUGGCGCUCCACGAGGCCGAUCAGAUGGGCGUUGAUCAGACGCCGACCCGCACGCACACACGCACACAUCGACGCGUGCUGCGCCACAUAGUCGAGGGAGGUCCCGUCUGGGCGGCCGAAUGACCUCAGGGCGUCGGCUGUGAAGAUCUGUCGGACAGACACAUACAGAGACAGAGGACAAGGGGGGGCGAAUGGAGACCACAUCGUAGCGUGGGGUGAGGAGUAUGCGUCUUCUCACUGACCUCUGAGAGCAGCUGCGUCCAUCCGUCGUUGACAUGUGAGGUGGUCCUCUGCCUGACUUCACGAAUGUCUGCCCCCAGCGCUUGAAUGGCAACGGCACACGUGUCCACCUGACGCACAAACCAAUGGAUGGACGAUGCCAUCCAUCCAUUGAGGUGUCUGUCACGGCUCACCGCGAGAGGGGCCACUCCAUCGGUCACACGCAUCACAACGUCCCCCACCUCCAUCUCCAUCACACCGCCCUCCGUACCGACCGGCAUGUGCAGACGAAACCUCCCACCCACCACAUCGAAGCGGACGCCCCCAUAGCCAUCCCGCUGUCCGCCCUCAGCCACACGUGGCCCAGCGGCCCUCUCGCUGACAGCACGAACGAGCUCCUGGGAGAAUGCCGGCCGCUCGCUGUUGUCUAUGGUCUUGCGAUAUAUGUGCCAGUGGAUGGCAUCGAUGUCACAGAAUGCGGCAUGCAGGGAGGGCGGGGCAAGGUGCGUGGCGGAAGAACGAAUGCAGAGGUGGAGGGUCUUCAUCUCGAUACGUGAAGCCGCUCGGUCGGCCGAUUGAGGGGCAGCAAAGAUGCCGCCUUGUCCCUCCUUCGGCGUGUGCUCGCCAUACAUAGUCCCAUCCUCCUCACCGGCCUCUGGCUCAUCUCCCCUAUCCUCUUCGAUGCCUGCGGUCCCCCGGCUGCCCUCCAUCUCGACCACGAGGGACACAGACGGCCCGCCGAUCGACCACACAUCGGCCUGUGUGGUCACAGACGCACUCUCCCCCUCAAUGCCACCUUGCGAUUUCCUCCUCCGCUGCGGUGGCAGUGGCGGAGCUGGGGGCGGGGCAAAGGCCGCGAACUCGAAUGUGUCGAAGAGGGCCAGGUAGGUGCGCGACGGGGUCGUCGACCAAGAGGUCGUCGAUGAGGCCAUGAGAUCCACAAGAUGGCUCAUGCCAUGAUGACUGAUGCGCACAAGCACACCUUCGACCUGCCGAUUGUCUUGUUUGGCCGUGGUGGUCUGGAGGGACACGUGUGUGACGGUGAAGGGGCCACCGGUCAAAGGGGUGGGCUCGUUGAUGGCUCGCUGGAAAGGGCCCUUGAGCGACGAAUAGGGCACAAAAUGACAACGGGACUCCGCAGACCUGCAUAACAGAAAGAGACGGUGAUCGGCCGUCCGUGUGUCCGCGUCAUACUCAACCGACUCACCUUUGUUGCACUUUGGACGGUCGCCUUCGCCCGGGCGGCUUGACGGGGUACGGCACACCCACCCCCUCCCCGGCACACUCAUCGGCACUCCUGAGCACUAUCCUCGCACCACAGACCUUCGCACAUGCCGCCCUCUCAUCGCACCCAUCAUCCUGCCGCCGUAUGGCCUCCACCGCCAUCCGCUGCCCCUCGUUCAUCUUGUCGAAGUAUUCCCGCUGCCUCUGGGGGCUCUGCAGGAGCGACCCCCUGUGCGCCCACCGGCCCUCCCUGUCGGCCUCAUCGUCGCUCUCUGACGGCACAGACAAUGCCGUCGGCGCGCGGGCAGGGAUUUCCGUCCGCCACUGCCGUGCGUCGCCGCGACGCACUUCGAGACUCGGCUGGCUGACGAGGGUUUUGGCAUUCUGUUGAUGGCCGAUAGAGGAUCGAGAUGAGCGUUUGAAGUGGACUGAUCGCGUGGUUGCUGCGGCUGCUCGUGUAGGGGGAUGAUGGUCGCUGGGGGCGCAUGUGGCAUUCUCCUCUUCACACGACACAAAGCUGGACAGGUCAUCGUCCAUGAACGAAUCAUCCUCGGCCUCGCCCUGGCACAUACAAUGCACACACCACCCACACAAGGCUUCACUCAAUGCGCCAUCAGUCCUGGUCCUGCCCCCACGUCGCCUCGUCCCACCUUGGUGUGCGUGUGUGUCCCGGAUUUACUGUCAUUCAGCUCCUCCCCGACGGAGUGCCACGACCGACUCUUGCUCUGUUGCGCGUCAAGCGCGAAGGACGGGGGCGUCUGCAAGGACUCGUAUGACCCGUAGGUGUCCCUCCUGCCAGCCCCACUGGCACUGCCCUCCAACUCGAUGUCCGACAGGCUGAUGGGGCUGGCCUCCUCUGUGGGCGGCGACCGGCGGGCGACGAACUCCCCGAGCGACGUGCGGCGGCUUUGCUGUUGGGCUGUGGGUGGGGGCAGCAGGACGACUGAAGACGAAUCGCGAGAAAACAGGUCUGAGCGAUGCGAAGGGGAGGCAGGGGGCAGUGACAAGUGUAGGGACGAGAAGUGUCGGUGCCGUUGUGUGUGUCUGACCUGACAUGGUGCGGCGUUGAGGGAUCGGGAUGGACAGCGGCACAGUAGCUGUAGCCGCCUUGUCGGGCUGCCCCUGAUCGAUAUCCUGGACCCGCUCAGGCGAACUGACUGUGGCCCUUACCAUCUGCCGCUGCCUCCGCCGUCGACCAGAUGAUUCGCACACCAUCUCAGCUGGGUCGCCUAUGGUGCCGGGGAGGCUGUCGAACACACCCUUCAGCGACAUCACAGACACCGGCCGCUCUUCUGUCGCAUUGUCCGCAUCCCAUUGCUCGUCCUGUCGGUCGAAGUAGACGGUGCUGAUGUGGGGCAGGUCGCUCGUGGCGGUGCCGUGUUGGUGGUGCGGGAGAUCGAGUGGCCAGUCGUGCUGACUGGUGGGGUGGACGCAUGCAGUGGCGGUGAGGGCGUGCCGGCCCUGCUCCGACAGAUAGGCAUCCUGACCGGUAGAUCGAUCCAGACAUGGAAAGCACACAUGACGUAGACAGACAGACAGAUCAUAUUGGGAGCGAAUUCGUUCGGUCACCUGGACGUCUUUGGUGAGGCCGUGUGGGUUCCGUUUGCCGCUGAGGAUGACACCUCCGCCCCGCACGUCCAUGAGUGUGUCGCACACAAUCUCCCUGAGGGCACUCUGGUGGGCCGGCCUGCCAGUAGUGGCCGUCACUGACCGAUACGUGACGAUCCGCACCAUCGGCACCUGACAGCAUACAUGUACGCAGAGAGGGAAGUAUGAGACUCUCGUGAAGGCUGCAUGUACGCCGGCUUGCUUGCCUGGCCUCUGAUGUGUUGGUGAAACAGAUUGCAGAAGCGUGUGUCCUUGCACAAGUGCAGACCUGACGAAGCACAUCCGAACACACAUAUCAAUCCGUGCAUCCAGCCUGCCUGCCUGCCUGCCUACUGGCCGCUCUAUGUGCACCAUACCCACCGUAAGGUAUGCUGGCGACGGUCACGUGCCCAUUGAGUGGCACGGCCACCCUUACAGCCCCCAGCCUGACGUCCACCACAUUCACAGCCAGGUGAAGUCGCUGCCCUUCCCGCGCCUUGACCACCGUGCCCUUCAUCCUUGCUAUCUCGGGUGGCAGCCGGCGCCGCCACGGCCGCUCCUCCAUCGGCAUUGGCGACUCGGCCGCUGCUCGCGUGUCGAUCCGCUCCAACACACUCUCUGAUAGACCUGCACGUAUGCAACAGGCGCCUCGCAUGUACGUAUGUUCGAAUGUCCAUCCGUCUGUCCAGUGACUCCUUUUCCAUUUCUGUGUCUGUGUGUAUGUAUUGAUGCGUACCGGUCUUGUUUGAUGAUACGGAUGAGCGCUGGCUCUUCCUGGUGCUUGCGUGCGAGAUCAUUUCCUUCUUGAGGACCGCCGGCGGGGCGCUGAUCGUCCGGCGCCCUUCGUCGUCAUUGUCCGAUGCCGCCUCGUCGGUGCCGUCGUCCUGUGUGGUGCUAAGGAUGGUGGACGCGAACCUGACGUGAUGGUGAUGACCCGUGGGGCUGUCGGUCGGAGACGGGGGCAAUGACGAUAGAGGCGACCUGAUACACAAACGGACAUUGCAGGCUUGGAUGGAUGGGUGUCGGUGCGUACUCCGGGUCGCAGCAGGCCCUCUGCCCCGGUACGGCCAGCUCCGCCACGUUCCACUGGUGUGACACACACCGCGCCGAGUGCACCAGCCGACCGAUGUGUGCGGGCGAUAUGCGGCCACUGAGGCGACCGAUGGACGGGGAGAGGGAGCAGAAACACGGCACCAAGUCAGGCAGCGGGCUGAAGAUGGCAUGGUUGUGGAACCGCAGACCCUGCACACAUACGCCCUCCCCGUCCCCCUCCAGGUCCAUGUGUAUGUCGUCCAUUUCCACCACCACGUCGACGAAGGCGUUGGUGCCACGCAUCACGACUCUCACGCCGGGGCUGGUGACCACCAGAGGGUCGCACACCGACGUGACGACAAAAUCGCGCGUCGAUGAGCGGUUGACGGGCGAGGGCGCCGACAGGAUGUCGGUCGACAGAGACGAGGGUAGAAGGAAGCUGACGUCCUGUGACAGACCACACCACACAUACACAGACACCGUGCGUAUCGAUCUGUUGCCACGCAGGGUCACCCACCUGGCAGUCGACUUCCAGGAAGACCUCGAAAUCGUUGAUGGGGAUGACAGUGUCGCCGUCUCUGAACCUCGUGACCUCGUGGUGCCUUGCCAGCCAGUUCUCGCGGGCGUCGUGGUCGUACUGAGAUGUGGUACACGACAGCACAUAGGGGCCGCCCAUGUUGUCAGCCAGCCACUGCAGGGUGUGCAACACGUGGCCCUCGCACGACAAGGUGACGCUCGAUGCAUCUGGGAAAUAAACAGAGGGGAGGAAGGGCACUGUCUCAUAUGUGAUCGCUGUGGCGUACCGAUGUUGAGCGUCAGAUGAUCGCGAUAAGCUAGUUAGAAAGACAGCACGACACAAAGAUGACAAACUCAUCUCUCAAUAACCCAUUCCUGCUUCCUUCGUCCUUACAGGGGUUCAGGUUGUAGAAUCCCGAGUACCUUCCCCCACACGCCAGCCCCUCCCACUGCAGCGCCACACCCAGACCGCGACCAUCCACCUCAGGUGACGUCCAGUACCGCCCGCCAGCAGAUGGGGAGCCGACGUCAACGUCGUAGCCCACGUGAUUGAUGGCGCGCGGGUAUGCGGGGAGCGGCGGCUGCCUCCCAGGGCCGGUGCGUGCCUCGCUGUCCAGACCCAGAGGGUGGCCGGAAGGGAACGACACAGCUGAAAGAAGAAACGGUUGACUGACGGACCACACUUGUCUGUGCUGUUCCUUUACUUGAGCAGCCACUGACCUGCUGCAGCUGUGUCGCAGUUGAUUCGGAAGUCCAUCGUUGCCACCUCUGAGAUGUAAACCAGAAACGCCUGGCUGCACACACACACAUUGACACGUGUCAAUGCAUCCUCAGUAUCCGAACCCAACACGUCGGCACGGACCUGGUUUGUAUGUUGAGUGCGCGUGUGUGCAGGAUGAUGCAGAGAGUGUCCCUGAGGGCGAGAGGGUAGUUAAGCACAUUGUGUUUGGCGGCCGGGAGGAUGAGCUCGGCGUCGUGGAAGUCGUAUGUGAGUGUGUAGACUGCAGGGAUGAAACACACCCAACCACUGUCGGGCCUGUCACCACCUGCACACACCAAGAGAAGUAGACACACUGCCAUGUGUUCGUUGUCGCCAUCCUGACCCCAUUCUGUGAGGAGGCAGCUGAUGGCAUCGAUGAGUUCCCUCGUCAGCCACAGAGACGCCUUGGCGAACCGAAAGGUGAAGUCCCACAGCUGCUUCUCGUUCCACCGCAGUGGGUAGUGCACGUCUGCUGCGAUCGAAAAGGACUCUACCGUCAGAAACUGACCUGACCAAUGGCAGAAACACACACGAAAUCCUGCCUCUACGAUCAAUAUGGGAUGGCGUGUGUGUGCAUUGUUUGUUGACCCACCCUUGUGUCUUGAGGGCAGCAGGCAGUCGACCGUGACCUUGUCCAUCUUGACGGUCGCGUGGUGCUUCAAAUCAGCCGAUGUCACUAGCGCCCAGGGAAUCUGAUGCAUGGACCCACUCAAGACACAUGCACGUGCAUUCACCCAUACACGAGAUCGUGUUUGUGGGCCUGCCUACCGCGCAGUGGAUCUGUGCCGAUUCCGGCGUGUGCAAGGACAGCUGACACCACCUUGUCUGCGAGCAGAAGGGGACCCUCGCCUCAAUGCCCUGCGCGAAAUCCACCGACAGCUGAAAGGACAGAGAGGAAAAAAACAGACAUGACAGACGUCACGCUUGACGUACACUCCACCGCCCCCUCCCCCACCCACCUCGAGCGUGUGUGUUGCUCUAAUCUUUUUGGCUUUGGCCCUGUAAGGGCGCGAGUCCUCCCAAUCAAAUGGGUAGAGGAUGGAGAGCAACAGCUCCCUCUGGUGGUCCGUCCAGGGCGAGUAGGUCAGGCAGCAGGGCGCCGUGGCAGUGAGGCCCACCAUCAUCUUGGGCAGGGGGGUCUUGGUGUCCACACACACGCCGGGCUGGUCGUAGUCGAUCUUGACGCGCAAGGUGCCGUCGAUGCGCAGCACCUCCAUCUCCACACACGCAUACACAUGCAUACACCAAACUGUCGUCACCCAUUUGUGUGUUUAUGUGUUUGUGUGUGAUGCUCGAUCACCUGCGCUUUCCUCAGCGUGUUGUCUUUCGGCGUGUCGCCGUCAGCCGCCUCGCGGAAAGGACUGUACCUGCACGCACAUCACGUCGACGCAUACACGAGCCUGUUUGCGCUUCUAUGCCAGCUCACUUAGCGUAUGGCCUCUGUGCAGUCCCCUUGUCCCUCUCCUCGCCAGGCCGCCCAUCGGGCGUGUUUGGCGAUGUCGUGGGCGUGGCACGAGUCUCCUCCUACCGACACAAUUUUACACAGCAACACUACGGAUACACGCGCCCCUCCCGUGCUUCUGUGGUGCAAACCUGCGGCGACGUGCGUGAGUCGUCGUUCUCCGCGGCGAUCUGGACUCGCAAUUCCUCGUCGACGUCAUCAGCAUUCUCACUCGCCCGUUUCCCCCUCCCUCCCCGCCGUCGCGACUCCCUUGUCGGUCCCCGGUCGUCCUCAGCGCCAUUCUCCUCCGACACACGCGCCAACCUGAAUGCAUUUACACAGACGCAUGCUUGUUCCCAUCAGACGCUUCGCACUCACCUUCUGGUUCUCCUUCGGUCGAAGAGUCCCGAUCUCAUCCUCUGAUUUGGGAAGACGGGCCUCUUUUGUGUAGCGGACGUGUGGUCUUCCUGCUCGUCGGUGUCGUCGAGGAAGCGCCAGUCCAUUUUCUUGAAGAACUCCACAAACGAAUUGCGCGCCUGAUCAGACAGGGCGGCCAUACAUGUGUGCAUACACACAACCCGCACCAUGCGUCCGUGUGCUGAGUUUUGCUGUGGUGCUUACUCGUUCGAGCAGGUCCUCUUGCACCAGCCGUUGGUGGCGGGCCUGCAACUCGACUGAAUCGGGGACAGAAAAUGACGGGCGCACUGUGCCCGUGUCUGUGCCGGGGUUUUUGUGCUUGCCCACCCGAAUCGACGGCGGUUGGGUUUUCGUCGCACAGUAGCUUCACGUUGUUCAGGGAAAGGUCGGUUUCCACGCGGUAGGGAUCCUCGCGCGGAUACUCCUGACGAUCUGCACACAUACACACACCCACACAGACACACACACGCAGGCGGCCAGGCAGGCAGGCCACACACCAUAGCAUUCUCCACCCGUGUGGACCAUGUGUGUGUGCUCUGACUGACUUGUGGCCAUAUGUGUCCCAUGCAGCGUCCGCACGCUCAAGAUCACGACUGUGGGGAUCUUGGAUGAGCCGAUCUUGACGCAAGACCUCUCCACCUUCAGCUGCAACAGCAGACAUCCAUUCAGAUCAUCGACAGGUGCAAGUGUGGCAGGUGUGAUUCUUGUACCUCAACACUGGGGCACAGUCGGAAGAAUCUCGGUACGGCAGCAGCGAUGGCCUCGACCAACGGAUCGUUGUCGCCCUCUUCCUGGUGGCAAAUGAGCAAAUGGCAUGUCCGCUGCGUGCACGGCAGUCAAGAUGCGUACCACCAGGAGGUCGUCAGCGCCACCCUGUGCAUCUGGAAGACCCACACGCCAACACACCGUGCAGCCACGGCAGGAUUGCGUCCAUCCGCUUGAUAGGCACCUGUCUGUUCGACGGUUUCGUCUUUCUGCUCGUCUGGUAGCGUGCCGUCAGACUCAUCAGCUGGGUCCUCCUGAUGGACAUGGCCUCGUCUGCGCAGUCCCCUCUUGAGCUAGCCUGUCUCUAUGUGCCUACUUGUCUCUUUUUGUGUCUGCCUGUCAUCCUCUUGGUGAGCUGUGCGAUGCGCCCCAUGAUGCGCCGGUGCUUGGCCUCCUCCUGGGCCUCCUCCUUCUUACGACGAGCGAUAACCUGACAUAGACAUACACCCACAUGACACACGCCGGGCACACACAGACACAUAAAUAGACCACACGCGUGUGCAUGUGAAUGAGUCAGCGAGCGUGUGUAUGUGGUUGCCUGUUCCAGGUGUUUGUAUCUGGCCGCGUUUGAGUAGACCAGCACCUCCACACCAUGCAGCUGAAUCGUCACACGAUGCGGGUGGCUGCCCGACGACUGACAACCACACACGCAUCCAGGCAUUCACCCUUCAGCCCUCAUCGUCCACCCGGAUCUGCUUACGUAUGGAGUGUGUACGAUCCUCCGCCAGUAUCGGCACCGCACCUCCAGCCUCGUCAGCAGCACACUCACGCUGGUCGUCGUGUAUCGCACAUGCGACAGCACAAACUUGCCGCCAAGCAAACUCAGCGACACACUGCGGGCCUGACACCACACACACACAAGGAUGAUGCACGGAAAUCGUGUUCGCCUGUGAUUUGCACUUUUGUGGACCUGCAGGUGUGUUUUGCCUCGGAGCACGCAGGAGUUGAUGAGUUUGACGAGGACCAUUGCAAGCAGCCGCGAGAAGACCAUCAGGUAGAAUGCGAUGAUCAGCACCAGGAAGGUGGAGUAGAGGGCGUAGGCCGUGAGGGAGUGCCCCUUCUCGAAACCUGUCAGCUGGUCGCGACUCUGCAUGGCGAUGGAUGAAUGGAUGAGCCCGAGAACAGCUGUUCGCUAAUCCACUACUCCACAAUAAGCGCCUGAUGAAAUGGCCGCAUCACCAUCGUCUGCCGCAUCGUUUCAAUCGCCGGCUCCUCGGUCGUCGUGUUUUCGGCAUCAACGAGUUGCUUUCGUCACUCAUAGUGGAAUAGACAGCGCAAUCCAAGAUCUCCAUCACCACAAGAGCCCGCCCCUCGCCUCUCGCUUUCCC